CAUGCAAUUUUCUCACAUAGAAAGAUAGAUAGAUACCAUAAGAACAAGAACAAACCCUUAGAAAACGUUUAAAAUGAGAAACCAAACCCAAUGACAAAACAAAAGAAAACAUCCCAACAUAGAAAUCAAACAUUACAAGUCAACUACGUUUCACUCUCUUACACCCUUCAAACAUAGACAAACACACUACUCUAUUUCAAAUUACACUUUUACCCCUCUCUCAAUGGACGCCGCCGGCGAUACCCAAUUCCGGCGACAAACUCCCGCCGGCGAAAUGGAACACCAUUCUGAAGAUCCAAAUCGAACCGGGUCAUCUUCGCGACCCGAUUCUUUUUCUGAUGGACCCACCACCUCUGGAGCUAGAUACAAGCUGAUGUCGCCGGCGAAGCUUCCGAUCUCUAGGUCGCCGGUUUUGACGAUUCCGCCAGGACUUAGUCCGACUUCGUUUUUGGAAUCACCAGUUCUUCUCUCAAAUAUGAAGGUAGAACCUUCACCUACAACAGGCUCCCUUCCUCGGCUUCAACAAACAGUACAUGGUUUUGUAACUUCUUCUACGUCCGCUGCGUUUCCUGUAACCUCUGCGUGCUUCAAUUCUAAUUCUGUUGACGACGGAAAAUCCAGCUUCUUUGAGUUCAAACCGCACAGUAGAUCAAAUAUGGUUCCUGCUGACUUUUACAACCAUGCAUGUGAACAAUCUACUCAAAUUGACGGUCAAGGAAAUGUUAAAUCUUUUGUCUCGUCAGCACUGGUCAAAAGUGAAACGGCAGUCCCUUCAGAUGAAAUAAGUCUAUCAUCAUCACCUGUUCAAAUGAUUAGUUCAGGGGCUAGUGCUCAUGUUGAAGUCGAUUUGGACGAAUCAAAUCCCAGUGGCAGCAAAGCAACUGGGCUUCAAGUAUCACAAGUUGAUGGUAGGGGCAAUGGACUUUCAGUUGCUGCCGAUAAGGCAUCUGAUGAUGGAUACAAUUGGCGAAAAUAUGGGCAGAAGCUUGUUAAAGGAUGUGAAUUUCCACGUAGUUAUUACAAAUGCACACAUCCUAACUGUGAAGUGAAGAAACUCUUCGAACGCUCUCAUGACGGCCAAAUUACUGAGAUAGUUUACAAGGGAACACAUGAUCAUCCUAAACCUCAACCAAGCCGUCGAUUCUCUGGUGGAAAUAUGAUGUCUGUGCAAGAAGAAAGAUCUGAUAGGGCUUCUUUGACUAGCCGAGACGACAAAGACUUUAAUAAUUAUGGUCAGAUGUCUCAUGCAGCUGAGCGUGACAGUACUCCAGAGCUAUCGCCUAUAGCAGCAAAUGAUGGUAGUCCAGAGGGUGCAGGGUUUUUGUCAAACCAGAAUAACGACGAGGUUGAUGAAGAUGAUCCUUUCUCAAAGAGAAGAAAGAUGGAUCUUGACAUCACACCGGUAGUUAAGCCUAUCCGGGAGCCACGGGUCGUUGUACAAACUCUGAGUGAGGUUGACAUAUUGGAUGAUGGUUAUCGCUGGCGUAAAUAUGGGCAGAAGGUGGUAAGAGGCAAUCCUAACCCUAGGAGUUAUUACAAAUGCACAAAUGCCGGUUGCCCGGUUAGAAAACAUGUGGAGAGGGCAUCUCAUGAUCCGAAAGCUGUAAUAACAACAUACGAGGGUAAACACAAUCAUGAUGUACCAACUGCAAGGCAUAAUAGUCAUGACAUGGCAGGACCAUCGGCUGCAGGUGGACAGACAAGAAUCCGGCAUGAAGAAAGUGACACUAUUAGCCUUGACCUUGGAAUGGGCCUCAGCCCAACCGCCGAAAAUAGACCAAACAGUCUAGGGAGAAUGAUGCGCAAUGAAUAUGGCGACAGCCAAACACAUAACGGCAAUUCCAGUUUCAAGUUUGUUCAUAGUUCUACACCACCUCCAGUAUACUUUGGUGUACUAAAUAACAGCGCAAAUCCAUAUGGUUCUAGAGAAAAUCCAAGUGAUAGUUCAUCUUUAAACCGUUCUGCUUAUCCUUGCCCACAGAACAUGGGAAGAAUAAUUAUGGGUCCCUAAAAUCGUUUACAUAACAAAAAUAAGUUAAAAUGAAAUUCUGAGUAUUGUUUUGCUUUCUUUGUUUUGGCUGGUAAAGCUUCAAAGGCAAGUUUUCUCUAUGAAAAUGCUGAUAGUUCUUUUAUGUUCCUAUCGCACCGUCUGAGAGCUGCCCUUUGAUAGGAACUAGCAGUAGCUGUGUCCUUUCAAGUUGACUUUUAUAUCUGAUUGUUGUUUGUAUAAUUAUAUAUACAAAUUCUUCUGUACAAAUAUGAAGCUGAUACUAAAUUGCUUCCACAAGAACCCUUGUAAAAUGUUGUUCAACUAUUUAUAUGAAGUAGCAUUUAGCCUGUGCCUGAACUUUUGGUUGUAAUUACUUCAAGAGUACUUUAUAUUCUUGGUAGCUGUACAAACAUUUAUGUUAAUGAUUGCUUCUGAUAAUAGUGAGAUUGGGUAGAAUACAUGAGAUAACA